AAAUAACAUCUGACCAUCAGUGUGUAUGUAAUUCGUUUGCCGCGAAUUUAAACUUACAUAGUUCCUAACCUGGUUCUCAGUUCAAUCUGUCCUGCCGACUUAUUAUCAGAUUAGACAAGACAUUUAAUACAACACUUUCUGUUCGAUGAUGGUGAAAGAAUUUUAAAGCAGUCACUUUCGUUAUACUUAUAUAACUGAACAGAGGCUCCUUCCUUUGACUUGAACCGGUAUUAAACAACUUAUAAUUGUGUGUGUAUAUUCUCACCGUGCUAGGUCUUCAGUGAUAUUUGUUAGAAAAAAAGUUUAUGCUCAACAAAAAAAGGGAUAAAAUUGCCUUUUUGAUGGAGAUUUGAAUUAAGGAUCUAAUCUCGAGAUCAAAAAGGGAGAUCUCAAGAGGAUAUAUAGACGGCAUGCUCAGUAAAUGGAAAAACAAAUUUUCCUCAAAAGAAUUCCAGUUGAAACACGAUGAUCCUGAGAUAUUUGUGAUAUGCCAAUGGCAACAAAAAAGCAGUCCAAGUAUAUGGUACUUGAUUUACAGAUGGCUGGUGGUGAUUUACUUCAUCACAACUUGGCUCUUAUCAGUAUUACUUGUGAAAACUAAGACUGAUGAUUAUCAAUUGAAAUGGCUGAUAUAUUUAACCAAUUGGGGCUAUACAACAUGUACAUUCCAAGCCCUUUUGGCUGCAUUUAUGCUAACUGGUUAUAUAUUAGCACAUAGGAAACAACACUACGCAUCAUUCAAAGAUGGCUCAUUUAUAUGCUAUAGGAUCUACUGGGCUUUCAACACCAUAGCUACAGUACUGGCAUGCGUUAUAACUAUAGUUUAUUGGUCAUUUAUUUACAAUCCUGAGAAGAACAGUUUGGAUGUGAUGAAUUUUCUUCUACAUGGUAUGAAUAGUGUAAUGAUGCUGCUAGAUUUUUGGAUCGUUUCUCAUCCAACCAGAAUAGCUCACUGUAUUUAUCCUAUGAUGUUCGUAACCGUUUAUGCCAUAUUUUCUGUAAUUUACUAUUUAGCAGGAGGAACAAGUAGAGAGGGGACAGACUAUAUAUAUCCCAUACUGAAGUGGGAACUGCCAUUCAGAACUUUGCUCGUAUGUGCGGGCGUUGGUAUAUUUAUUUUCAUUCUACAAACACUAUUCUUUCUUAUGUAUUUGCUCAAAAAGAAAGUGCACAAAAAGCUGGGUCGCAGGAAGAGUAUUGAAUUGAAUUCAGGUCUGCAAGGAUGUGAGGGUUACGUGAAUGAGGCUGUGAUAGCAGGAGAUGAAGUCUAAUAUCAAAUAAUCAAACAAUAAAUGAAAUUUAUGUGCAGGCUCAAGGUAUAUACAGAACUGGAAGAAGAUGUAUCGGUCAGGUAAUGAGUUGAAAAGGGAUGUCACUAUAAAUUGCUCAUCCUCAUAUCAGUUGUUCAUUUUGUCUCUUUGUUAACCCUUUUCUCUAUUUUCUUCCAUAUCUGUAUAUUUCAUAUCAAACUGAGAUAUUUUCAUCUUUGCAUUGAAGAUGUUUAAAUUAUCUUUCCUUUUUGACGAAAACUCUCUAUAAUUCCCUUGAAAACCACAACUAAAAUAAAUCAUACAAAAGAAAUGAUAAUUUUAAAAAUUGUUUGUUCAUAUUCAUAAAAAAGAUAUUAUUUGUAAUUUUCAGUAUUUACUUGAUAAUAAAGGAUAUGUCUGAAUGUUUAUGGAUUUAGUGAAUGUUUUAGUACUUAGAAAAAUACAUCUGAAAAAAAUACAGUUAUUGAGGGUGUCUGAAUUUCUAUAUAUUACUGGUAGAGUAUUACUUAAAAUGUACAUUGUUUCUGCUUGUGAACCUCCUCGACAAAAAUAAAACCUUUAGUUACAAAA